AUGCCUCUAGUGAUAGUUGCGUGUGAAUCAAAGCCAACACAUGAGGACCCAUAUAUAUCCAUCAACGACGCUGCUGAUGCUGCUGACAGUGACCCUCACGCUGCGCUUCGGCUCAUCACAUCUUGGGAGAGGCAGCAAGAACAGCUGACAACGAUGUUGAAGACUCUAUUGUACUUUAGCGUAGCUCCUGUUUGGCGAAUCAUAGUUCUCACUGACUCCCGUACCACCUUUGAUAAAGUACUCGGCCUCACCAGCCUCUUCCCUCAGGAGCAACGAGAACGGCUGCGACUCGAACACCAACACCAGUGGUACCCAAAAUAUAAUUCCAAUAUCUCAGCUAACUGGCGGCCAUGUGCUUGGGCGAAGCAGUUCCUCGCCGAAGCCCUGCCGAACGAAGAGGCUGUUGUGUACGUAGACACGGAUCUGGUGUUUCUCGGUCCGCCGGAGGAAAUAUGGGGCCUAUUCGAGGUCAUGGACGCACAACAGGUGGUUGCUCUCUCCCCAGAACCCAAGUAUAGCGUGGAAACUCCAAGGAGGAAAUACGCUGGAAGAACGGGACUUAACACGGGCGUGAUGGUGGCUAAUCUAACGCGCCAGAGAUCACUCCUUGGAGGUGGCCUGGGCACUGCCUUGCUGAAUUCGGGACUCCUGAACCAUGCCUACCGCCAUGACCAGGAUGUUCUUAACCACUUUCUCAUGGAUAAACCGCACUUGUUUAAGGAAGUCUCGGCACGCUGGAAUUUCAUGAUAUCCUCGUGCCACACAGCUGCUCCGCCAUGCCCGGAUUGCAAACGAUUGGGGGUCUUGAUCUUACAUGGAGCUGAUGUCUCUUUCUACAGGCUCCUUGAAGGACUGUUCCUGGUCACCUACGGUGUGCUCAGCCAGCUCUCCUUGACAGAACCCCCAGCCAACGUACUAGCCAGACUGCGUUCCAGAUUGGCUGAGCUGGAGACGAUGAAAAUCACUGAUACUGCUUGUGCUAAUAUGACAAUGCUCGCCCAUUCCUUCACGUUAGGUCUUACUCGUCUCGCUGCUAGAGACAGAGCAUUCCUAAAACGUAUGGAAGCAGGACAGGAACAUGUUAAACCUGUAAAUCAGAUGAUGAACUUGUUACUCUUAAUAACUGUGUGA